CCAAACCAUAGUUACCACCAAGCGGAAGUUGGUCAAUAUAAACAGGUUGUUUGUAACAGUUUGGUUGUUUGUAUGAUAACAUCCGUUGAAAAUGGCACACACUGUUAUUUCAGCCAAAUAUCCUCCACACAUUGAUCCAACAAGAACACCAUUAGCUUAUGGAGACAGAGCAGUUCCCAGACUGAACAGAGAACUAAAUGAUUCCACAUUACUUGUCAGACAGAGGGCGGUAAUGUCAUUAUGUGACUACCUACAUGACCCUGAACAUAUAGCAGAAGCUCUAGCCAUUGGCACUGCUGAAAGUUUGAAGAAACUGUUAUCAGACACAGAUCUUACAGUUAGACAAAAAGCUACAGAGUGUUUGUUUGUAAUUGGAGGACAUGCAAUUGGAAGAGACUCAUUUCUAGCACAAGGAAUUGUGGAACCAGUAGCUAAACUGUUUGAUGAUAAGGAAGAUGUAGCGAGAAGAAAUGCACACCAAGCAAUAGAAAUGAUCUCUGAAACACCCUUAGGGGCACAAGGAAUAGUAAAUGCCAAAUUAGUACCGACAUUAGUAAAAAAAUUAUCUUUAGAAACAGAAGAAAUAAAAAUAUUGAUAUUAGAUACACUUCAUUUUUGCAUGGCAGUUGACACAGAACAAGCAUUAAAAGCUGGAGCUAUGGAAAUGUUUACAAAACUUUUAGAACACAAUUCACCUGUAAUAAGAGCCAAAGCUUCCAGAGAUAUAAUGAAUUUAAGUGUUCCUUUAGAUGGUAAAAAUAAGGCAGUAGAAGUAAAAUCAGUUCCAGAAUUAGUCAAACUUCUCAAGGAUAAAGAUGCUGAUGUCAGGGCCAAUGCUGCAGGAGCACUUAUGAUGAUAACAAUUACAACAAAAGGAAAAUACACAGCAAUAAAUGAAGGGAAAGCAAUUCAACCAUUGGUAGAUUUAGUAGAUGAUGAGAAAAGUGAAGUUCGACUGAAUGCAUUAAAGGCUUUGACAUGUUUAUCAGAAGCACCAGAAGGAAGAAAAGUAUUAUUAGAACAUGUGGAAAAGAUAAAAAAUAGAACAACAGAUUCUAUUCCUGCUGUGGUGAAAGCUGCCAAUAUUGCUGUCAAAGUGAUCACAUGGAAACCUUGAAAAUAAUGUCCUGCUAGGGGAGAUAAUUGAGAUGACAUUGUUGGAUUUCUCCAGGAGAACUGCUCUUAUAGAAAAAAUGAUUUCUGUAAACAAACUUUAAGAACUGAUGAAAUUAAUUGUUAGUUAUGAAUAAAAGGAAUAUGAUUCUUGCUUAUGUGAGAACUUUAUGAAAGUUUUCUUUUAUUUCUAAGAUUAACUAUUUUGAACAUAUAGAACUCUUUAUAUAGACCAAUAAUAUAUAUUUGUUCAAAGAUUUAUUUAAGAAUGUUAAUGUUUUUGUUAUAUAUUUAGUAGAUUAAAUGUACAAUUCCUGCCAAUUUUAUCAUAUUUUGUAUUGAGAUAAUUUUUAAUGGAAUCCUUAUUUUUUUUCAGUGCUAUCUUACAUUUUAUGCCCUCUGUUUUGAGUUGUGAUUAUUUCACAAAAAUAUGAUUGUUCUUUAAAUAUUUUCACUGAAAUUUCUAAAAGAAUCAUUCAUGUUCCAUACCAGGAAAAUAAUAUUUUUAAGUCAAUUUUGUUAUUCAUUGUCAUAUUGUAUUACAUAUGUAAUUAUGAUGUCAUAUCUGUGAUAAAUAUUUUAUAUAAAAUAUGAAACAUUGUU